GCUCCACAUUCGUUCGUUGAUCGCCGCAUCGGUCGGAUCUUGGGUUUUUCUUUGUGUCGCGUGUGUGUUUCGCUGUCAGCUACCGUCAGCCAGCCUUCUCGAAGGCUAGUAGAACUACCCGCCCCGGAAAUCCCGGGAGAAAGAGCACGCGAGUGAGUGUGAACUUGCCGUGAUCGUUUGCGCAGCGGAGGCCACAACGGGUUCGUCGCUAUCGCGGUUCAAGUUCCCGUUUCUGUUUUUUUUAUUAUCUCUCGUUUUUUUUCGGAAAUUUCUUUUCGCCUCCGGGUUGGUGAACGCUGGGGCCGGCCGCGGAAGGAAUUCUACCCGUGUGUGUGUGUGUGUUUGUGUGUACGUUUAUGACUACUGUGCGCUUUCGAGUGAGACUUUUACUCGAGACUCGCGAUUGAUUGUGUUUAUUUUCUUUUUUUCUGGUAAGAUUUGUUCGGGCAAAGUUUCUGCUGAGCUUCAGUGAGUUUUGUCGUUUGGGUUCUCUGCAAUUAGCAUAGAUUUUCGAACCGAUCAUUCGCGGACGUUCCAAAGUGUGAAUCGAGGUUAACUAUUGAUGGUAUGAUAUGUUGAGAAGUUCUGUGAUUUUACGGAGGUGCAAGGAAAGGCAUAUUGGAGUACGUGGGAUUAAUUGUGAUUCAUCGGACGUUUACUGCUGUAGGCAUUCUACUUUCGGAGUUGCUGCUAAAAGUUCGUGAGGUGGACCAAGCUGAAUCCAUUUUGAGUGCACAUCGUGGAACAUGAUUGUAUUGUGUAAAAAUUGAGUACAUACCUUGAGCUAAGAGAGCAAUGUGGAAUCAUAACGGUUCGAUCGUGUUUUGAAUUGAAAUUUUCGGAACACGGCUGUGCGACGACGAUCGGAGCAAAAGAAAAACAAAUUUCCUCCGGUAGAAGUGAAUUGUGCUAUUGUGUUGACAUCUCGGAUGGUGAGUGCAAGUGUCGAUAGAUUGGAAUUGAAAGAUUGGCGAAGCUUUUGGUGUCAGUUUUAUUUUUGGUCAUGCUCUACUACGCUCGAAACGCAGUCAUAUGACUGGAACGGAUUGGCCAACUUUGUAGCAAGGUGUCGGUUUCUCAUCUAUACCGGAUUGACUCGGAUCGAAUUGGUCUGUUGACAUAACCUAUUUCCAGGCAAGCCAGAGCCCCGGUUGGUGCAAAUGAGAGAAAAGCUAAUCAGAUUGAAGUGUGCAAGGAAGAAAAAAAAAUAGUAGUGCAAUAGCAAACCCCUAAGAGGAUUAAGAUUGAAUCAGCAACGCUUUCCCGUCCAAUGCAAAAAGUGGAGCAGAAAAUCCGUUUUCGACCCGAGACGUGACACCUGAGGUGAAACACUAUUUCCCCGGGGGGUGGAGAAAGAAAAGUGCAGUGCGAUUAACUGGUGUGACUACAAAUUACUAACCUUCUUGGAAAGUUUUUAAAAGUUUUUCAAAGUUGAGAAGUGAUCAAGUGACCAGCGGGCGGAGGAAGCAAUUUGAAGGAGAGCUCGUUCGAAGCAAAAUAAGAAAGUGAAAAAGGUUUUUUUUUCUUUUCUGAUUGGUGCAAGAAGAAAUAAGUGGAAUGAGGCAAAAAAUGCAAUAAACCUACUCUUUGUCGUUGCCGUAGCUCACCUGUCUCGGACAACAAAAACGGUUGGUUGCCGGCUUGGUUGGAUCAAACUUCCUGUGGUUGCGGAGCUAGAGAACACCGCCGACACUUCUUGACACCGUAAACAGAAAUCUGGUGACGAACUUCUUUGGGUUUGUCGAAGAAACAAACCGUCGCAAAACAAAACAAAGGUAUGUGACUAAAUCAUCAUGCUCUCAGCGGGAAACUGUAAUGAACAGACCCAUAAUCUCAAAAUCAUCCCGCGACAGUGAAUUUCACCCUCCACGCACUAGGACCACUUGUCAACACUUGUUUACCAUUAAUGGGAUAAAAGAGAAUCGGAUCGAACUUCUGAUGAAUGUGGAAAAUUAGAAAAGAAUGAUUCCACCUGAUGGCGAAAGUUAGCCAUCUUCCAAUGAGACGCUACCAAACGGAUCACAGUCAGUCGAGCACCGGGACCAAUGUGGACGCCAUUAACUUCUAUCCACCGGCUAACGCUAAUCACCGGACGUCAUCAGACAAAAACAAACGAACCUGGGGCCAGCGUUUUAAGCUAAGUAAAGCGUCACCCGAACAAUCCUCCAACAGCUUGAGCUCCAACACUGCCAGUUCAACCUCGAGCUCGCUUACUGCCCUCAGUUCUCCACCUUCCUCAUCUCCUUCACUUGAAGUUCUGGACUAUUCCAGUCUCCAGCAUCAACAUCAACAACAACUUCAACAGCAGCAACACCUACGCUACGUGCACUCCAUUUCCAAUGCCCCCCUACUGUCCGGAACAGUAACCCACUCGAUGAAGUAUGUGGAGUCGAACUGGAUGUACGGUACGAUGCGCGGAAUGCCACUGCCGAUGGGGCCAAUGGGGCAUCCCCACCACAUUGGUCACCAGCAACAGCAGCAUCCGGGACUCAUCCAUCCGAUGGCUCCCAUGUACUGCCCAAUGCCGGCCCCACCGGUUGGUCCCGAAGUAGCCGUCGUUAUUUGUUGCUGUCCCGAAUAUCUGAACGGGACCAAGCGGGAAGUGAAGAAAGCUAGCGUUUGUAAGAAAUGCAAAGGAUCGAGGCUUCCGCUGGCACCGAUCGGAGGAACAAUGAGGCUUACGUCUGGGGCUACGUUCAUGGUUCCACCGGUGAGGGGCAGUGCCGGUACGGUGAAGUUGGCAUCAACCUACGGCAAGAAGACAAGGCCUACGAUUCUCGGUAGUGCGGGUGAUCCGUACGAUUUCAUGAGACGGUCCCGUCUCAGUCAACCCGAGCAAGCAAAACCUGUGAAAAGUAGCAUCAAGGAGAAGCUACGGGGUCGUGCGAAAAGUACGAGUCCGACCAAAGGACGCAGCAGAACCGACAAACGGACGCCUUCACCGGCGGGAAGUAAAAGCAGUGGCAGCCGUAGUUUGAGUGCAAGUCGAAGUAGUAAUAGUAAUAGCAAGGGAUUCAAGGACUGCUGGGUGGAACCAGAGGAGCUUCCGGUCGAAUCGGACAGAGAAACCGGUAGACGAUCAAUCUUACGAUGUGAUAUUAACCCAUACGAUUUGAUUUCGUUGAGCAGCGGAUUGAACAACGAAUUUUCGCCGACCAACGGAAUGGAUGAAUACGAUCUGUCGGUGCAUUCACAGAAAUACGAAAACUUGCUGGACACUUUGUACGCCAACCGGUACAAUCCAGCCAUCAACAAUAUUGCGGCAAUAUCAGGCCAAAGAAUUAAACUGUUCGAUGGGGACCCCGGUACUACCGUGUACGACGACGUAGACGAGUACGUGUACGAUCCGGUUGAAGUUCAGGGAAUUACGGCUGUUCAGGAAACUCGAGUGGAAGUGAUACCGGAGCGGCCACCCCGAACCAAACAGAAGCACGACUCUACAAAGAUAGAGGAAGACCUCAAAUCCCUUCCCUCUCAGAUCUCGUCCGAAAUGACUCAAAGUGCAAUAAAAUCCAUUCUGAAGCGACCGGCCUCGGUCACCAGCGUCCCCACGGAUCUGCUCGAUAAGCCCAGCUUCGAUACGAUUCGGCUUAAUCAAACAUUGGUCCACCGGCUCACCAAGCUCACGUCGGACGAGGGAGUCUUUGCAAAAAGCAACUCGGUCAGUGCCCGGAAUGUGAAAACAUCCUUCGGUAAGGAGAAGGAAAAUAAACGUCUCUCCGGGUCGCAAUUUUAUCUACCCAAUCCACUGACCGAUUCCGGUGGCUCCACCGGAUCCGUUCUGGACCGUUCCCGGAAGAAGGUACAUUUUUUAGUCGAAAAUGAAAUCAUCGACGACGAUAAGUUCUUCGCACAGCUUCUGCUGUCGGAAACUAAUGGCCAUACUCCAGCCCUGUUGGAUGCCGAACCAACAACAACAACAAUGGCUGCGACGGUAACGAUCGUGGAAGUGACAGCCGAUUCGAACGGGGAGGAAACAGUUCCACCACCAGCACCUCCACCACUACCGCCACCGCCACCAACACAAACAGCAGCAGCAUUAGAUCACCAAAACAAUGAGUCUGUGAUUAUGAGCUUAGUCAAUCAUCAAGACAAUCGACUGCCGGUAGAUUCUAACGGGGUGGAACCGAAGCAGCAGACUCGACUGGCGGACGGCAACCGGAACGACAAACUACAGCAUCGGUCGCUGCCAGUGCCAACCAGUUUCAAGCAAAACCAUUCACCAAACAAGGAAACCCCGGUGAAGACGGUGAAGGGGGCAAAAGCUUCCUUCAGGAUUGAAAGUAUUUGCGGCAACACCAACAGCCACGGUCUCAAUGGAGACGGUGGUGAGCAUGAUGGAGCAGAACUCACACCGUGGGGAAUCCGUCGACGCACUGGCCCAAACCGGCGUAGUUUCAGCGAGCGGACCUCCCCGCCUCGGGUGACUUCGUUCAAUGGAACUACCGACUUGCAACAUCAACCGAACUUUUUCGACACGAUGGCCCUCCGCAACAAACAACCACGGCCGGACACCCGUCGGGCCUUCGACGAGGAAACACUGUCUACGUCGUCGUUUUCCUCCUCGUCUGGCAGUUCCAGUGGAACCAUUCUGACGACACGGAUGAGACCUCGAGUUCCACCGCCGCCACCUCCACCGCCGGCUAGUUUAACGGGAUCUGCCUCACCGGAUCAGCAAUCAAUUUCAAGUAACGACACGUGUUCCGGAAGGAAAAAAUUUGACAAUCACUCCAAACCGGAAGAUAAUAGCAUCUAUGAGGAGUUUUGUUUCGAUCUGAGUUCCGGUUCGGAACGUAGCAGUGGCAGAAGUUCGACGGCUUCACGUACGAUAGUACAAGUUUCGACACCCGUUCAAACCAGCUUCAAUAAAGAUGCCGUUCAUAGGCUGGAGAUUCGUCACGAAGACGAAGACAGUAGCUAUGAAUCUAUGGGCCAGAAGAAAACCUCCAUCCUGAUCACCGGAGAUGACUGCUACUCGACGGUAAACGUGGACGAUGAUGACGAAACGCCUCGCUACCAAUCGUCGGUUGUCGUCAAUGAUGUCGUUGCUCCUGCGGGUAUUCACCAAACAUCCUCCAAUACGGUGACUAUCAGUGUCAAUUCGCCAACGUCAACGCUUCAGCACCCUCGGAAUAAGAACAGUUCGACCAUUUCGAGCCUCGAGGAAAUGAUCUCCAAGAACAACAUGAAGAACAGCAUCCUAAACAGUUCAAAUUCAACCUCGAUCAUUCCGAUUGGAGGACCGACUUCCAUCAGUGUGACGGCAGCUGCAGAACAGUUCGAGUCAAGUACACUAACGAAAACGACCGGAAAAACAUUGAUCAGUCUGGACUUUGCUCAAAGUGCGAUAAACCUUCCGGAUCAGCAAAAUUCGAAGCACAAGGUUAGCACUCCAAAUGACGACUCUGAAAAUUGCAACGGCGAACGCAGCGAUACGAUUUCGAUAGUUCCUAACGAAGCUAAUUCCAAAGAUUGUAGCGAUAGUAUUGAGCAGCUUCUGCGAAAUCCCGUCGAGGCCGUUCGACGAAAUCUGGUUCCGCACUACUGCGGAAAGCUCCCCGCGAAGGAGCCAACCGACGGAACGCCGACGCCCGGUGAUACGAAUCUCGUAGAUGGAAUGGUAGUAAUACGACGACAAAAAACAGCCGACAUCAGCAAUGUUCCUGCAAAGCGGAACAGUUUCAUCACCAAACUACUGGAAGAUCCGAUGUUGGGUCACCUGACCGAAGGAUUGGACUACGAUUUGGUGACAAAACUAAUUGAAAACUCGCUGUUACGAUUGAAGGAUAGUCGAACUCAGCUGGAUAUGAGUGGAACCAAAGAUGAGGACGAUGUGUCAAAGAUGAUCGAGGAAUCGCUGAAAUUGAUCAAGGAAGAGCGACUGAAGAUGGACGCCAAAAAGGUAGAGAAGAGUAGCAAUCGAAGCAGUAUCAGUUCGGGGAACAGCUACGGAUCGGCUGCAUACGAACUGAUGGAAUUUGACGCCACCGGUGACUUGAGUGACUGCUACCAAAGUUGCUCCAGCGAUCUGACCACCGAUGAUGAUGUCACUUCUUCCCGUAGCAAGUUUUAUCAAAUGCUGGUUGAUGCAACGUUGUCUGAAAUUGAAAUAACCACAGCGAAUGAUGAUGAACAUCACUACGAAUCCAUCCGGAUGAACAGUGAUCCGAUCUACGAGGAAAUCAGCGACAUUCCCCCUCCUUUACCGCUGACAGCACCGCCAGUCACGGAUGAUCUAGACCGGGAAAAACGAAACGCUCGAUCAAUCUUCGAAGGAGCCUCCAAAUACGACAUUCUGUCCUAUCUGGUCGAUGCCAAAGAACGGGGAAUUGCCCAGGAGGAGGCCUACAACUUUCAGUUCGGCAAUGCCAGUGAUAUCAUCUUGGAAGAGGAGGAAGACGAAAACAUCACCGAGUUACGGCACCAUCAGCGGCAGAUCUCCGACAUCAGCAGCCGUUUGUCGCACAUUUCCAACAUCAGUGAUUCCAGCGAAGAAACUUCGCUGCUCUCGUUGAGCCUCGCACAGCGAAAGACUUCGGAAAUUGAACGCAACGACUCCGGUGUUGGGUCGGAAACGAGUAAAACAUCACGCAGCAAAUGGCAGAACCCGUGUUCGACUUCCAUCCUGGACAAAAUUAGUCCCAUUCAUUUGUGCGAAGACUGCGACGGUCCGGUGGAAACACAAAUCACGGAGUCCGGAGUGAUGUACGCACCGCUGGUUUGUCGCAAAUGUGGUAAGAAGCGUGCCGAACGUAAGGAAAUCAUUACGGAAAUUGUGGAAACCGAGGAAAAGUACGGUCGCGAUCUGCAGAUCAUCCUGGAAGAGUUCUACCAACCGAUGCUGGUGGCCGGUCUGCUGAACCAAGAUCAACUCUCCGCAAUCUUUUUAAACGUGGAAGAAUUGCUGGAGAACAAUCAAUUCCUGGCGGAGCGGAUGCGAGACGCACUGGACAUUGCGACCGAGCAGGGUGACGAGGAUCUGCUAACCGUCAAUGCAGGCAGGAUCUUCCUGGAAGCGGCCCCGAUGUUGCAUGCCUUCGAAAGCUACUGUGUCCGGCAAGGUGCGGCCAGUCUGUUGCUUGCUAACCUGGAGAAGGAGAAGGAACUGCUCCGAAUAUUCCUACGAGUUUCACAGAUGGAGAAUGCGGUUCUCAGGAGGAUGAAUCUGAACUCAUUUCUUAUGGUACCCGUUCAACGCGUUACAAAGUACCCGCUGCUGUUGGCUCGACUGUUCAAGGUUACUCCUCCGCAUCAGGAAGGAAAGGAACUGCUGAAGCAAGCCCAGGAGAAAAUCGAACUUCACCUCAAUCACAUGAACCGGGAGGCAAAAGAUGUUCCGACCAAACUGUGGCGUCGAAUUUCUUCCUCUACACCGACCGGUCGGCGACUGUCCUGCGAGCUGGACAUGAUCAAUAUCAAGCUACGGAAGAUGGCCAUCGAUGUGCUGGAGUGGAACACGGAGGAAGUGCGGUUCGCCAUCGAGGGACGGCUGCUGUUUACGCAGCCCAACGAUGGGAACUGGAAGAAAAGUCGAACCAUUAAGCUGACCUCGAUCAACGCCCUGCUGGUGACUAAUGGGAAGCCAAGUCCUAGCUACAAACCGGACCGUGCCCAAUCGGAGCUAGUAAAUUUCCCGCGUCAUACGGGAAUACGGGAGGCGUCGCUGCUGCUGGUGCGGGAGAAGAACGGCCGCUACACGUUGCUGCGGGAGCCACUCUAUCUGGACCGGUGCAUCGUGUGUACCGAAAACGACUGGGAGGACUACUUCGAGGUGCAGGAGAUUCUCUCGAAGGAGUCGUUUAUUUUUAAGGCGGAGGAUGGCGGCAAAACCAAGCAAUGGUACAGUCAACUGCAGUAUCAUUCCCAGGGCAUGGGAACCUGGCGGAAGCGCCGGAAUGCACUGGCAAACAUCAUGAUUAAUGGAAUGAUGACACGAACGUAGCCAACGCGGAACAACGCCAAGCGGACCUGGGCCGGCUAAACGAUAGCCCUCUUCUCGUGUGUUUCGUUUAUGAUUCUCUUCUCGUCUUUCCGUCUCCUAAAUCAUAGACAUUUUAAUUACUGUAUUUAAAACAAUCUGAACACACACGCUGCAGCUGGAGAGAAGGCAAGCCGACAAGGAUGGUGUUUGUUUAUCGGAUGAUUUUUUUUUGUUUUCGUUUUUGAUCAAUUAAUAUUUGUAAAAAGUAACCGUCAAACGGAAUGCAAUCAGCAGAACAUAGCAUAAGCAGUUCGAGUAUCAAUGAUUUUAGUUAUUUCUAAGAACUUAGGAAACAAGGCAAGCAGUUGGGGAGCUGCGAUCAUACUAAUAUUUAUUGAACAUUUGUACCCUUUGUUUGACCAACUCCCUCCCACUGAAGUGUAUCUAUCCCAAAACAUUAGGCCGGCGACGGAUUGUAGUGUGUAGUAUUUAAAUAAAUCUGUACUUUUCGUUUUAAAUUCUACUUGUUUCGUCCAACGUAGGAAUAUUUUAUCUAGUAUUUUGUGGUCGUAUUAUUUUCCAUCUUAACUUAGGGAUGAGCCGUUAGAGGAAACAAUGUACUGUAUUAAUCAAGUUUUAAGUAUGAUGACCGAUUCAACGAAACCCUUUUUUGAUUAAACGUGAAAUAUAGAAAAGCUAAUAAACGUAAAA